CAUACCAUAGCUAGCGUUGACUAAAUCCUGUAUAGCUUAUGAACAAGCUGAUGCAUGUGAGUCUUACCUGAUAAACUAUGAGAAUUUUUACAGCAGUCGUUUUCAUACAUUUCUCAGACGGGCAGUGCCUUCCCCAGCUACAUGACUCCGGUCAUGCUGGCAGCCAUGAAGAACAACUACGAUAUCCUGGAGAUGCUGCUUCAAGCUGGCUUCCCUACACUUGAAACUGACGCUUACCAGUGGACAACCUCCAUCAGUCAAGCCAAGGCUUGGCUGGACGCCUACCGUGCGGUGUGCAGUCCGUCCUACAUCCUCCUCACCAGCCCCGACCCGUUCCGUACGGCCUUCCGGACGGCCAAGGCUCUUCGGGACGUCUGCUGGAAGCGGGAACAGUACCGGCCUGAGCUGGAGCAGCUGGCGGACCAGUGUGAGACGUUCGCCUGUGAGCUGCUGGAAGAAGUGUGCACGACCGAAGAACUGGACAUACUGGGACACACAGACGACCCGGAAGGCAUGUCAGAUGAGUCGGUUGGGACUCUACAAUUAGCCGUGGACCUCAAACAACGACAGUUCUCGACGCAGCCUCUUUGUGUGGAGUAUCUGGCGCUCUCCAGAGUAAAGGAGGCGUUCGAGUUCCAUGAAGUAUUCGGCAAUUGGGAGAAGAUGCCUGUUGUUUACGCAGCACUUUGGGGAAUAGCAAUUCAGUUAUCAUACCCAUUGUUGUGUCUGGCAUACAUCAUCGCACCGGACUCACGGAUUGGGAAGUUCUCAAGACUGCACUUCAUCCGCGAGCACUCCUGGAACAUGUCCUGGUUCAUGUUGAUGGCCCUGCUGUUGAUUGAGACGCAGUACUAUCAGGUUGGAAGGGUGGAGAUAGACAGUAUCGUCCGAGGCACGCCUUUACUGGUACCGUACACGGAGGUGUCAGUAGCUCAGACGCUCAUCAUGCUUUGGGUGGCUGGCAUCCUUCUGGAAGAGCUACAGGAAGUUCAGCAUGAGGGAUUGGGGAGGUACUUCCGACAGUUUUGGAACAUUCUUGACUUCACACUUGUGGCCCUGUACCUGGCGCAGAUGGCACUUCGAUUGGUGGCUUAUGUACAGCUUGGUGUCUAUGACCAGGAUACUGUUGCCACCCAAUGGAUGAUAAAGGCGAGUCCACACACCUUCGAGCCGGUUGCAGUGGCUGAUGUGCUCUUCUCCCUCUUCACCAUCACCGUGUUCAUGCGGUCUCUGUCCAUCUUCAGUCAUUACCGAUAUCUGGGAACACUGAUGAUCUCCAUCGGACGGAUGUUUGCGGACAUCGUGAACUUCAUCUCCAUGGACGGCGUGGUGACGUUUGCCUUCGCGUGCGGUCUGAACCAGCUGUACUGGUACUACGGGACUGUCCACGAGUAUCUGUGUGAGGAGUAUUCCAAGGGGAACCUGAAAACGGUGGACUGCCAGAGGUCGCAUGGAUUCAGCACCAUUUUGAAGACUGUGGAAAGCCUUUUCUGGGCAACCUUCGGCAUCACCGACCUGUCCAUGUUGGAGCUGGACCCUGACAGCAGUACGCUGGAGGCGCUCCGCAUCAUGGAACAGCCGGUUCUCACGGAGACGGUGGGGAAACUCAUCUUUGUGCUGUUCCAUGCCACGGUAGUUCUGGUGCUGCUGAACCUGCUAAUCGCCAUCAUGAGUGACUCAUACCAGAGAACACAGGACGAGAAGCGAAGGGACUGGACGUUCUCCAUCGUAAAGGACAUGUUGUUCUACAUGCGAGUGGACCUGUCUCUCGCGCCGCCCUUCAACCUGCUCCUGCUGGUGAAGACCAGUGUGAGCCGUCUCCUGUGUGCCGUGUGCCGACAGGGAAACAGGCGCUCUCCACACUCAGCUAUCGGUCAGGGAAGUGUCCACCCAUCGUCACCAUCUAAACAGGAAAGACAAGAAAAGUACAAGAUGAUGAUAGACCGUCUGGUGAACAGAUACCUGCUCCGGAAGGAACGGGAGACGGAAAACCAGCGCUGAACUACUUUAGCUAUCUGAACUACCUAUUGAUAAACAUUUGAUACUCAAUUAUAGUUGUACCAGUCGAUGGGUUUGUUACAAUUGCUUGCCAUUUUAAUUGAAACUUCAAUUUAUUCAUCAUAGUCGUCGAAUGUUCUUACCAAGAAACAAAAUCUCGGAUAACUUUGACAGUCGACAAAUUCAGGCGCUCGCUGUUAAAGUGUACCGUUGAGCAAUCCACACCUUACGGCAUUUUGAAUGGGAAAUUGGAUCUGAUGGGAAAAGAACAAGCAGAAGCACCAUUUGCACGUAAGUAACGUCUUCUUGUUUCACAAAAAGGGACUAAAAUUUUGAUUAGGUAGCCGUUCACGUAACGUAACAAAUUACUGGACAUGUAACAUUCGGCCACAGAAAAACGAAAAUGAAAUUAACAUCAUUUGCGAAUUAAAUCUCCAUCGUUGUCUUUUGGAAAUGUCUUAAACAUUAUCAUCCUUGUUAAUGGUCAGAUUCUUAAAAGCAAAGUCAGAUACCAUUGUGAAAAUCAAAACCCCUUUGCGAGCCUUUGACGAUCUCCCUAUUCCCGAGAAGACCAAAAUUUGGCAAUUUGACGGUCGUUUUAACAUUUUUCUGGAGGCGGCCGGGAGCGGUAUUGCAGAUUGGGCUCUGUUAGGGUAUUCAGUCUCGAAUUGUAAAAUGCGAAAAAUAUCCCCGAAAUUAUCGUACAGUCCAUACAAACUUUCCCAAAUAGGUCCAGAUAGCCUUAUAUACAUCUAGAAUGACCUUUCACUGGCUUUAAGGCACUACUUGGCUUUAAAAAGAAUUGAUUUUUAUGCGGAGCGCGAGGAACCCAUGUCCGCCCGUAGAGCGCCACCUAUAUCUAUAUCUACAUCAUAUCUUGUACGUAAUGAGUAGCUCAGGGGUGUAUUUGAACAAGAUCCACUUUUCCUAAACAACUUGCGCCUUUUAUUCAACUGUUCGUCUGUUUUCAUGGGGCAGGGGACUGCCAGAGAAGCACGAAUGAUUUCACGAAUGUCACUAAGAAAACAUGAUCUUUCCCCGUAGCAUCUGCUUGGAGUAGUUGGAGACAUCCGAUUUUCUGACACAUUCAGGGUUUACCUUGAUAUCUUAUCCGCUUAUGAUGCACUGGCAUGUAACAUAGAAUGACAUGACAAGGAAAUAUUACGAUCUUUCUCCCAGAGCCAAUAUCUGCUUGGUGAUUUUGAAGGUUGUCCUGUUUCAGAAGCCGGUGUAACAAAGAAAGAGCAAACUUCUACGUUUGUUCUUUCAGGAUUUGUGUUGUUCUGUCUUAGAAUAUCGUGUAACAACUUGGCAUGAUUUGGCAAGAAUGUACAUAUGACAGGAUACGACCCAAGUAAGAUCAGUCUGGUUAUAUCAGAUUAUCGGUAUAUGCAGUCCUUCAAAUACCUGCUAGAUGGCGCUGUCGUACCGUAAAGUACAGAAUGUAUGUGACUAUCAAUCCGUAAAGGAUGAUUAAAAACAUAUCCUCUGGAGAUCCCAAAUCUAAUUAAUCGAAGUGUUUAUCAAGAAAAAUGAACAAUGUAUGCUUGUGACUAUUUUUUCCUAUAUUUUGUGUUUUGUUGUCUUUUGUCAUACUUUCUCUUCCUG